AAUGGCAAAGGUGCAAGAAGACUCCAUGCUGUUCUCCAGUGACUUUUUUUUCAUUGAGCCAAUGGUAAGUGAUAGCUGAGAGCCUCAUUUUCCUCCUGCUCCUCCUGCUCCUCCUCCUUCUUUCUGGUGUGGCUGCAGAGCUCCCUGCUAAAAGCAUUUGUGCCCUGCAGGCUCAGGGCAGGGCUGGGAGCCUGACAAAGCUGAGCUCUGCUGCCAGGCUCGAGCUCAAGGGCACUCUGUGUGUGUCCCUGCAGUGUCACAGGGAGCAGUUACUGUAGGUAGGGGCUCCCCUGACACGUGGGGUUCAGCAGAGGCUGUUGGAGCAUUGCCAGCUCACACACUGACCUGAAGCUUGCCAUGGUUCCCAAGCAAAAGGAGGCCAAAUUCAGCCCAAGGUUAAUGACAGAAAUGCCAAUCCCCUCGUGUAAGCACGCCUUGCACUAUUUCUGAGUCUGCCUUCCAGUGUCCUCUGAGAGCCUGGACACAAGGGUGGAAGGGUGAAAUGGGCCUUUGGAGUUCUCCUGCACACACGGACACAAAAUCUUUUCCUUUUCUGUUUGUGCAAGCAAACUGCCACGUGCUCCCAUCAACCAGAGCCCUGAUUCUGAGUGCUGGCAUUGGGAGAGAUGAUGAGUGUCUGGUGUCUGCACAGUGCAAAAUCUCUUCUCAUCUUGGAAUAAACCCUAGAAUAAUGCCAACCUCUGCUUUCUUUCAAAACAGGUUAAACUAAUACUUUUAUUUCCAAGGAAGGGGAUCAUGUUCUCUUCUUGGUUACUCCCAUGGCCCAUCUAAGGCCAAGUGCACAGUGGCAGUUACAUCCCACAGUAGCUGACAGCAGCAUGAUGUGACCAAGAACUUGUGUCAGAGUGGUAGGAAUCUUGUGGAGAGUGGGAGCUGAUCAGCUGAGCACUGAGAGCUUCCAGCGCUGGGUUGAGCUGGGUUUGGAGUGUUUCCUUGGGCUCCUUGUGUUGUUCACUCAUCAUUGAUGCUCUAAACAAAGGCUUACAGGAGUGUGGUUGAAAACAAGAAACAUGAAGUUUGAAGAGAAAUGUUUUGCUGUCUCUUUCUGUUGUAGAAGGGAGAAAUUGGGCCAAAUUGUUUGGCUGAAAUCAAGGUGACCUUCAAACCCUUAGAGGUACUAGGGUACCAAAGUAUGGCUUACUGCGACAUCUCAGGCCGUGAGAGCAGGCUGCCCUUGCGCCUCAGAGGGGAAGGCCAAGGACCCUUGGUUGAGCUCAGCUCUCAGACUCUGGACCUUGGGAACGUUUUUGUUGACACCUCCCACAUGCUUGAGGUGAAACUGAUUAACAAAGGAGCUCUUGAUGCUCCCUUCACCUGUAUCCCCUCAACCACAAACGUGGGCUCCUGCUUCAAGUUUCUACCCAAGGAGGGCAUCAUUGCACCAGGUGGGAUCCAGACUGUUCAGAUCCCCUUCAAGGCCACCGUGUUGGGGACCUUUGAGGAAGAAUUACAGUUCAGUGUGACUGGAACUCCUAUGCCUGCAAUCCUGACCAUCAGGAUUCAUCUGUCCACUGUGUAG